AAAGGCAGAAUUUUCAUUUUGGUUAAACUGUCCAUUUUAGUGUAUUAAUUCUGUUGACCAAUGAGCUUUUUUGGCUUUAAUAUGUGGCUAAGAACAGCAGGAUGGAGUGGGGUUUGCCCCUACCCUUUCAUAUGAGUGCUUAAUGUUUUCUGGCUUUCAAGCAGACAGUUCUAAAAAUAAUCCAUUUGCUGGUUGAGUUCUAUAUCAAGUUCCGGCUCAAUUCACCAGGAACACAAAGGCAGGACACCUUCUGUUGUACGGGGUUUGGGGUAGGAUUGGGGUGAAAGACUCUCUUCUAUUCUCCACUUCUUCUGGAGGGAUGGGGGAGCCGAAGGCAGAGGUCAAGGUGGUGGACGAAGAAACUGAUGCCAAGCCGCUGCUGGCAAAUAAGAAUGGGAAGAAAGCAGAGGCUGCGGGAGGAACCUCAUUCUUCACCUGGUUUAUGGUGCUGGCUCUCUUGGGUGUCUGGACCUCUGUAGCUGUGGUGUAUUUUGACCUUGUUGACUAUCAAGGUGUAAUUGCCAAAGCAAAGGACUUGCGCUAUAAUCUUUCAGAGGUAUUACAAGGUAAACUUGUAUCCUAUGAUGCUGAUGGUGAUGGAGACUUUGAUGUGGAAGACGCAAAAGUACUACUAGGAUUGAAAGAUAAGCCUUUCAUUGUGACCAGUGAAUCAGUUGAGGAGGCCCCUGCUGAACGUGUGGAAGAAGAUACAGAGCCUAUUGUGGAGGAAGAGAUCCAUGCCACUAAAGUUGAGGAAGCAGCUCGGCCACUAUCAGAACCAGAGACUGUGGAGGAAGAGCCUGUGGCAGUGGAGGAAGAGCUUGUUGCAGCAGCAAAUGAACUAACUGAAGAAGAACCAGAGGCUGAAGAGGAGCAUGAAGUUCCUGAGGAAGAACCUGAAGUUGUGGAGGAAGAGCCAGAGGUUGAGGAAGAUUCCACUGCAGAGGCUAUUGAGGAGACUACAGAAGAGGCUACACCAGCAGAAGAGACGGUUGAAGAACUAGUUGAGGAAUCAUUACCACUCGAGGAAGUGGUAGAGGAUGUUGUUGCAGAUGAAGUGCAGUCACUAGAGGAAGCUGCACUAGUAGAAGAAGCAGUAGAAGAAGCAGUAGAAGAAGCAGUAGAAGAAGCAGUAGAAGAAGCUGCACCAGUAGAAGAAGUGGUAGAGGAAGCUGAAGCAGUAGAGGAGGUGGCAGAAGAGGCUUCACCUGUAGAGAACGUGGUGGAGGAGGUUGCACCAGUGGAAGAACCUGUAGAAGAAGUAGUUGAAGAGGCUUCACCAGUGGACAAAGCUGUAGAGGAGGCUGAACCUGUAGAAGAAGCUGUAGAGGAGGCUGAACCUGUAGAAGAAGCUGUAGAGGAGGCUGAACCAGUAGAAGAAGCUGUAGAGGAGGCUGAACCUGUAGAAGAAGCUGUAGAGGAGGCUGAACCUGUAGAAGAAGCUGUAGAGGAGGCUGAACCUGUAGAAGAAGCUGUAGAGGAGGCUGAACCUGUAGAAGAAGCUGUAGAGGAGGCUGAACCAGUGGAAGAGGCUGUUGAGGAGGCUGAACCAGUGGAAGAAGCUGUAGAGGAGGCUGAACCAGUGGAAGAAGCUGUUGAGGAAGCUGAACCAGUAGAAGAAGCUGUAGAGGAGGCUGAACCAGUAGAAGAUGAUGUUGAGGAGGCUGAACCAGUAGAAGAUGAUGUUGAGGAAGGUGAACCAGUAGAAGAUGAUGUUGAGGAAGGUGAACCAGUGGAAGAAGCUGUUGAGGAAGCUGAACCAGUGGAAGAAGCUGUUGAGGAAGCUGAACCAGUGGAAGAAACACUUGAAGAUACAGAUGAGGAGUCAGCCCCUGUUGAAGAAACAGUAACAGAAGAGGAACUAAUAGAAGCAGCUGAGGCUGUUCUGGAGCAUGAGGAAGUACAAGACUCCAAGGUGGAGGAAUCAGGGCUCGAGGAAGAGAGUAUGGAAAACGAGGAGGACACAGCAGCUGAGGAAGAUCAGUUUGAGGAGGACAUUGCAGAGGAACAAUUUGAAGAAGAGCCCACAGAAACAUAAAACACUGGGCACUGUGUAAGAUACAGAGAUGGUCAGCACCACAUGACAUUCCACUGAAAGUGAGCAGCUGCCAAUUCCCACCAUAGAUUUAAAAAAUUUGAACGCAACUUGUACUCUUUAAUUUUUUUAAUUUUCUUUCCUGAUGUUGAUUAUUGAUCACAGUCUUUUGGUUAGGAGUACAACUUUUUUGAAUGUUUUGUCAACUUUUGUUUGGUUGUUUGAUUUUCCACUUUUUUCACUUUCCUCGUACAUUGAUGUGAAGUAGCCUUUUUUGAAUGAUCAUGGAUGACAGUUUGGUUGGAGUUUCCUAUCAUGUGUACACUUUCCUGUUGCUUUGUAGCGCUGAGAACUUCACAUUUUAUUCAGCAUGUAAUUAAUCAGCGUCUCUCUCUUUUUAAAUCAUUUGUCGGAAUAAUAUAAAACAUAAUUUUUGCUUUAAUGUAAAGGUACUAUGCAAAGCUGCACUGAUAUUUCGCUAUGAUUUCACCAUUAAGUUUAGUACUACCAAUAUGUAUUGAGUCUACAUUUCCAAUGAUGCAUAUCAAGGACAAGUUUAUGCUGGCAGGUUAACCAAGAUAAUUAUUAUGUGAUCUGUAUGUGGAGUGAAUGGGCGUGCAUGUGCAUGUUUUUUUGUGUUUGUCUUAUUGCAUGUUCAUGUUUAACUUUAUUGUGAAACAGUUUUUGUGCCACUUUGUCAUGUUAUUUCCUCAAUUGUCUUAUUUUUUUUUUUUUAGCUUUCAACAAUUUAGUACCUCUGUUAAUGUUCUCAAUACUGUAACUAUUUGUUUUGCUUGAUGAAAGCAGAGAGUUUGUUUUUGCAUUUUUUUCAUAUACAGGAAAGUAUUUUAAAAGACAAAAUCAUAGGUUUACCCGCCUCCAUUUAGUCUUUUUUUUUAUUGACAGAUUUUCUUUUGUCAGUAAGUUGCGUUCUAUCAUGUGAACUUUUGAAUGUUAUCCUGCUCUUUGACUUAGAAGUACAGCUAAUGUAAGCCAAGACAAUAAAUGUCAGUGCUUCGAAGGCUCAUUAUUUGACAAGCUCUCUGUUCCAGUGAGACACUCCAGCUGCUGUGCAGUAUUGUAUGAUGCCUAUGUGGCAGGGAAACUGAGUUUAGUGAAACAGUGUUUGAGAAGUGUCAUCUAAUGCAAUAACUGGUUAAUAAUGCUCACGUAAAUAGUGCUUCAAGUAUGAAGCAACCUAUUUUACAAAUGUUUUUAUUUUUAUAUCAAUGGAUAGACUUGUGCUUUUUGUGGGAUAUCAUUAGUCAGUACAUGCUAAUUAAUUUGUCUGAAGUAAUUUACUACUAUUGACACAAACAGAAAAGACACCCUUUUGUUGGCUCGAUUCAGAAGGGAAUCUUGAUUCUAAGGUUAUCUUGUCAUUCUAAUAUCUUACCAAGACAAAAUUAGUUUGUAUUUACUAUUAAUGGUUCUGUCGUCAUUGUUGUCAUGAUUAUUACAACACAAUGUAGCUCUCAUCCUUGAUACAGAGUAAAUGGCUAUUAAAUUGAAAACGGGUUGGAUCUUUUGAAGGAAACUCAAUUCUGGCUCCUGAAUUGUUCCACUGUGGAUGAAUUUUUUUUUCUCAUUGUGGUGUUAUAUGUACACUGUGGUUUUGCGGGGCCUGCCAGAAUACAUUUUGUUUAUGUGAUAAGCUUUAGGAAAUGCUGCAAAUCUCUUCAAACAAUGCUUUCUCAACCUACAAGUGGCUGCAAUAUAGUUUUUAGGGUUUCCUUUUCUAUAACACUACAGGGUGUUUUUAACCCUUAAUACUUUUGAAGUCAAUGUGAAUUCUUUUUAGUGGUACAUAAUACAAACUUUUUCUUUUUCUUUUAGGAUUUAAGGAUUUCAAUUAUUAUUAUUAUUAUUUUGUUUUUAAUGUUUUGACAGUUUAUAGUCAAACAAAAUUAAUUUUACAAAAGUGUUAAUUCUCAAAGCCAUAUGUAAAGGUUGGAUUUAGCAGCCUUCGUAAGGACCGGACUUCAAGGGACAGACACCUUACAACUAGCAAUAAAACGAUUGUAAAGAGGUCAUUUUUUUAUUGUAGUUCAAGUAAACAGAAUUUUACUCAAGGCUUUUUAUUCAGAUGUUUACAUGAAAUCCUGCUGUAUAGGCUAACUUGUUUUAAGUUAUUGAAAUAUUGCAAUUUUAGGGAGUUUUGGGUGACUUCACAAAUCUGCAAACAACUGUAAAUGUUUUGUUCGAGUGCUGCAAUAAAGGUUGGGGACA